AUGGUUAGCGGCAAGAAGCGGGAGUUCAAUGUCGUUAUCACGGGGCUGGCCAUAGCAUUGGGUUUGAGCACCGCCAGCUCGCUCAAAGGCAUGGUGCGCGAACUCCGUUGGUGGCUCCUCAGUCUACGACAGUACUCGUCCAAAGAGGUCGAGCUCAUCCUGAAAAGCGAGCAUCUCAGCUGUAUGAUACAUUUGGGAUGGAUUUCGCGUGACUUGACCGUGCGGUUGUUUGUCCUGUUCUGGCUUUCGAUCAACCUGGCCGCCCAGAUUGCUGUCGCAACGAUCGGCUUGACGUACAACGUCGACCCUGCUGAGAACAUGGCGGUCACGGCUCCGGGGAUGGUAUAUAUUCCCGAUAUGUCUGUGCUCCGGCCCAUGGCAUAUUCCGAGAAUACUAACCCCGGACUUGGUCUGCUGCGGUAUACCGCCAACAAGCACGGACUAUAUGCCGACACCCUAGCCUUCGGCGCCAUGGAGGACGUGCCCCGUCCUGGCACAAUCGACAGCUCCAAGACACCCAACAUGUUUUCCGACUGGAACUCGACCCGCUGCUCGUACGUCUUCUAUGAAUCGGCGCCGUACGACACGCCGGGAACAGCUUCGCCCGAGAUCCGCGUUGCGACGAACCGCUCCGUGGCUUCUACAGCGGCUUGUCGCAGCCAGCGGGUCAUCAAUGGCGGCGAUGGCUGGAACAUCACAAUCACCAUCGAUGACGGCAACAGAACCGAGAUUGGGCUUCCCACCUUCAACGGCCCGAACCAGACGCUCUACAUGACCGACUCGGACCAAAACCUGACAACCAGAUGGAGCACUGUCAACGUUUUCGAGGCAUCGGCGACGGACGCCUGGUACUACCAGUGCAACGUUUCCGUCGAGCAAGUCACCAAUGCUGUGCUGCCGCAGCACAACGUCAGCGCUCUCGUGGCAACCAUGGCGUCAGCGGGCAUCGCGCUCCAGGGAUAUGGCGCGGCCUUCACCAUCACGAACGACAGCAAGUCCCAGGAUCAGUUUCAGAGCUACCCGCUCGAGUCCUUCUACGGGAUGCCGCAAUCUGGUGACCCCGUCGGCAUGGCCACACUGUUGUCUCAGUUUGCAAUCGGCGUCAUUGCCAGCGUCGCUCGGUACAACGAACAGGUUCUGGCCCCUGGGCGGACUCCGCUGGAAACGAUUGUGCUGAAGAUAUUCGACUGGGAGUAUGUGCAUCUGAACCUCGGACUCAUCGUCGGGCUGCAGCUGCUGCUUGCUUCUGGGACAGUAUGGAUCGCUUGCCAGACACAGCCGCAGCUGUUGGCCGCGCUAGACAUUCAGCGCUCGGGUCAAACAAAAUCCUGA